UAAGAGCAGUGAGUGAGUUUACAUCCCCACAAGAGGCUGGGGUCAAAGGUCACCAGAUCAUGUGGUUAGAACUUCACACUGAGGCUGGUGUCAGUGAGCUGGGUGAGGUAAAGCAGGAGCGUUUAGAGCUGAGAGUUUCCAGCCUCAGCGCUGGAGUGAAGAGAGAGUUUCAGACGCUGCCUCUGAGGAACGUGAUUGUGAGGAACCAUGGAAAGCCAGUGUGCAGUUUCUUUGGACCUGUUUCUACAUGUGUCCCUCGCUCCUUCUGUGUGCAUCGUGGCAGCGCUGUCAUUCGUGCACCACAGAGAGAAGACGCAGCCCUUUGAGGAACGCUUCCCCUACCUGAGAGGACGAUUUGGCUUUGUGGUGCCGCUGGACUUUAUCAGCAGUAUGAGUAACCGCUGGUCGUACGGCGUUGCGUUCGGUGCUGUGGCUCCCAGUGUUCUCCAGCUGUUCUCUGAGUCUUACACGCCGUUUCCUGUACCAAAAUGGGCCAAAGCUUUUGUGUAUCUGAUUGGUGCUCUGGAGGUGGGCGUGGCCUACAUGCCUUUCUUUGCCUGUCUGUCAACACCACACCGAGCGCUUGGAGGAGUUUUGGGAUUACUGUACACACUUGCCUGGUUGAUAGUGAGACUGUGGGAUGUUAUCACCUGUCCUGGAGGUGAGGUUCUGGGUGAUUAUGAGAUGUUAAUUCUGCAGUGGCCGUGUUUCCUGUGUUUGGGUUUCCUGAUGGGACGGUUCAUUUAUAUGGUGGUGAAGGAUGUGCGGAUUCGUUUACAUCUACAGAAUGAGCAGGUGGAAGAAGAGAAGCUCGUUCAGUCUCAUCAGUUCAGAUAUGUACAAACACUACUGAGACGACCAACUGAACGGUUGGUGGAGAAGAGCUGGUUCAGGAGGAAGAUUUACGACUGGGAUCCUUAUUUUAAAUUCCCCAACAGAAUGAUCGGCACCGCCGUCAUCUCCCUCAUCGGACUCUACAUGGUGACUCUGGUAGACUACAGCCUCAGUGAUUAUGUCUUCUCUACACUGGUGUCUGUGACGGACUCUCUGGAGGACAUGACACACUCACUGAAUGAGACAGACAAUCUGUUCUUCACUCUACUGCCGUAUCUGAAGGAGUUCACCCACGUGGCAUGGAAUGCCUGGUUUGCCACAACGUUGUUCGCCACACUGACAUCAGUUACCUACACUUUCCAUGUGUUAGCGUGUUACAGGAAGCAUAUCAAAAGGCUGUGGGUGGGAGAGAAGAGCUUUUUACCACAACGGUUCCACAAACCCAGCUCAGCUGUUAGCGUGGCUGCUAUUACUCGCUACUCUGGCUGGCAGAUUGCCUUCACACUGUGGGGCUACCUGAUCGUCCACUUCGUCCAGUUUUUGUUUGCGCUCCUCUUUGUGUAUCUGGUGGUGCUGCCCAUUCGGAAUGGAGGGUUCCUGCCCUGGUUCUCCCACCUGGCCCUCUUGCUGCUCACCAUCUUCAUAGUGAUCGCCCUGGUGGUCCUGCAGGUUCUGCUGGUUCGGAUCUUCUUCCUGCAGGACAAACUGUCACCCGAGGACCCGGAGAAGCCCCUCGCGCUCAACAACAGAAAAGCCUUCCACAACUUUAACUACUUCUUCUUCUUCUACAACGUCAUCAUGGGGCUGAGCAACUGCAUCUUACGACUGCUGAACAGCUGCAUUGUGGGUACCUGGCUCGUGUCUCGCAUCGACCGGACCAUCAUGCAGCGGGGCUAUGAGUCCAUGGAUCCAGGUUACUGUACCUGGAUAGGAAUGAUCAUGGCGGAUCAUUACCAUAGCAACCCGGUUAUGGUCUGUUUCUGCCACCUGCUGCUCAAACGCACCCUGGAGAGACGGACAGCUAAUGCUUACUCACAGUUCGACAAUGCAGACUGUCCAGGAGGGGGCAGAAUUCGUGUGCGCUGGCUCCUCUUCUACACUCUGCUGAAGAACCCCAAGCUCAUCCUGCUGAGGAAGCGACAGAGUCCGGUCCCUCAGGACCCUCUGGCCAUCGCCCGGGCGAUGACCUCUAUGGUCAAGAUCGCAUGACGGUUCAGCCAAAGCUGUCUGACCCCUGAGCACGGCAAGGAGCCGUGGUGGAUUUAAAGAUCACGAGGUCCUACACAAAGGCAGGAAUGAUUAGUCUGCCUGCAGCACCACCUAGUGGCUAUAUGAGUCUACGCUGUCAUGAUCGGAGCAGAAGUGCUGAUCUAGGACCUGUACGGUCAAUUAAAGUGACCAAAUCCUACAUUUUUCUUACACUUUAUUUUUUCCUUUUGAGGUCCACCUGUUCUGCUUACGUGGGUUCAUGAUUCAAAAACAUAUCGUAGGCCGUGAUUCAAUUUUCCGGCCUCUCUUUUUCCCUUAGAACCAAACAGGCUGUUUUCCUUACUGCACCUUUAAGACUGAUGUAUGCAAAUGAGCUCUGUUCUGAUUGCCUUGUUCAAAAAGCAGUCUGUGCUGAAACACUCUGUCUGUGAGUGGCCAGGGCUACACUGCUGUAGGCCGAAUAUAUAUGCAAAUUAGCUGGUUUUUGUGACAUCACAAAAUCAGUGAGAGUCAAAACGGGCUGUUUUCGCAGCUCAGUUUCCCACUAUGGACAGUGUGGACAGAGCGACGGGUGUGUUUUGUACCUUUUUACAAUGUUUACAAACAAAAAAAAA